AUGGAUGUCUUAAAGCAGAUACAUCGGAAGUACAAUAUGUAUCACAAGUACUCGACGAUUCCUCUCCUGAUCCUUCUGCCAUCGGCUGUGAUACUGAUAGCUGAUCCACGGCGUCCGCAAGAAUUAAAGACUGCACACGACACGGGGUCCUCGAGAAACCUUGCUUUAUGUCACCGCACGUUCUCCCUGCAUCGAAGGAACAGACUCAGUCCUUCGUCCCGCGGGGAGAGUCCAGCGGGCACAGGUGUUCGCAGACCUUCUUCGUUGACGUCCGACGAGUACCUCUCGAUGGGGCGGUCGCUGCAUCGUUCCCUGCGGGAGGAUGCCGUGAAGAAUAACCUCUCAAGUCCUUUCAGUGAGAAGAAUGAGGAAAAUAUUUUACGACCGUUCAUGGGCAAAUACCCUUUCAUUCCGUGUACACUCCGCCACUAUGAUGCCAUCAGUUUCGGUACCUGUCUGUCCAGACGGCUGCGCGAGAAACCGUCUCUUGACCUUUUCUUCAUUGGAGACUCAAAGAUAAGAAACAUCUUUGGUUCUUUCUUGAACACAACUCGAGCUAUGGACUACAAUAUAUCAUUUAUGAAAGAGGCAGAAACGAUAAAACAGCUCAUUGAGCUACCAUGGGACCAGUUCCAAGCAACGCAGGAUGAGAAAACCAUUCACCAAGCUGAUCAGACUGCCACAUCUACCAUACAUCCUGGCCUUCGUGUCUCAUUCAGAUUUGCUCAGUUCUGGUCGCGGCAACAGUUCCGUGGAUCCGAAGAACGAAGGCUUCUCUUGGCCUGGAUUAAUGGCUCGCUGCCUCCCCCGGACUUGGUCAUUAUAGGUUAUGGCUCGUGGACUCUCUAUGCCCCGCAGUACCUCAUGCUUCCCCUCAGCAACCUGGACAUUCUCCACAUACUUCUGAGAACUCAUCAGGUGGUGGGUCCGCUUCUGCAGAAACUGUCUCGCAAGACCUUGGUGUUAUUUCACGCCGAAACUCGCCAGAGGCCGCGCGCGAUGGGGAAGACGCCCUCCUCAGGAAAACUGUUUUCUCGGUUGGCCAUGUUCAGCGACAGCCUCUAUGACUGGAGUGAGAUGAUGCUGAGGUAUUUUCUUGAAAAGCGCUCUCGGGACGAACUUUGGGACAAACUGCUUUUGCCAGGAAGAGAGAAUCUUGACGGCGAGGACGCAGAGGGAGUGUGGUGGUGGGACUCGACCCUCCCCUACCACUUCGCCUCCGUCUUAGAGUGCAACGAUCUGCACCGCCGCAACCUGUCGCAUCGGGAAGAAUACCUCGACCCUCGCAACAACUGCCAGGAUCAGAUACACGCUGGGGCCAACACACGCUACCUUGAAGUUACCAUGUUGCUUAAUCUUCUAUGUAACUCCCACGUGGUGCAUGAGGAUCAUUUCUGCUGCAGCUGAUUGAGAGUCCUAGUGGGAUAUAUGGGAUGCAAGCCAGUGAAGGUCCAGGGGUGGGGUGGCCUCCCCUCAUAGUAGCAUUAAUUGCGGCCCUUGUGCAACUUCCACUUUUCAUAUGAAAAACAAUAUAUGUAAUAAGAAAUACAUCUAAAAGUUUC